CAACAGCCCAAAAUGGCCGCCACGUCGACGUCGUGACGCUACGGCCAAGCGCGACCGGGCCUGUCAGCGGCGGCGUUAGCGGCGGUCCCUCUUCUAUAUCUGGGUCGGCUCGGGCUGCCUUCGCUGCCGCCAUGCUGGUGCCCGUCUUCACGCUCAAGCUGAACCACAAGAUCCUGCCGCGCAUGGUGGCGGUGGGCAAGUACGACGGCACCCACCCAUGUCUGACGGCGGCCACGCAGGCCGGCAAGGUUUUUAUUCAUAAUCCUCAUGCACGUGGCCAGCGUAUUAGUGCAAACCGUUUAGUGCCCAGUGCCCAGGAUGCUGAUAUUUCUCUUCUGAACAUUAAUGAGGCAGUCAGCUGUUUAACUGCAGGACCGCUGAACCCCGACCUUGGCUGUGAUUCCCUUCUCAUUGGCACACGGACCAGUUUGCUGGCAUAUGAUGUGCACAACAAUGCUGACUUGUUUUAUGCAGGGGUACCUGAUGGAGCAAACACAAUAGUGCUUGGAACUUUAGGAGAUAUUUCCUCACCUCUUGCUAUUAUUGGUGGGAACUGUUCGUUGCAAGGCUUUAAUCAUGAAGGAAAAGACCUUUUCUGGACGGUCACUGGUGACAAUGUCCGAUCACUGGCAUUGUGUGACUUCGAUGGUGAUGGAAAGAAAGAGCUGCUCGUUGGAUCUGAGGAUUUUGACAUUAGGGUUUUUAAAGAAGAUGAGAUUGUGGCAGAAAUGUCAGAGACUGAGACUGUUACUGCGCUAACCCCGAUGUGCAGCAGUCAUUUUGGCUAUGCCCUUUCUAAUGGAACAGUUGGCAUUUAUAAUCGGACAUCCCGCUACUGGAGAAUUAAAUCUAAAAAUCAGGCAAUGAGUAUACAUGCAUACGAUAUCAACUCUGACGGCGUGUGUGAGCUGAUCACUGGCUGGUCCAGUGGGAAGGUUGAUGCACGUAGUGACAGAACUGGAGAGGUCAUCUUCAAGGAUAAUUUUGCUUCCUCAAUUGCAGGAAUUGUGCAGGGUGAUUAUCGAAAGGAUGGCAAUACACAGUUAAUCUGCUGUUCUGUUGAUGGUGAAGUGCGAGGCUACCUCCCAGCUAGUCAAGAGAUGAAAGGGAAAGUGAUGGACACCAGUGUGGACCAGGACCUGAUUCGAGAGCUUAGUCAAAAGAAACAAAAUCUCCUGCUUGAGUUAAGAAAUUAUGAAGAAAACACAAAGCAAGUGGAACUAAACACCCAAGUGAAUGAGAUGGAUGGACAAAGGGGUGUGAUUCCUGCAAACACCCAGCUCCAAACAGCACUCUCGGUCAAUCUGGGCUCAGAUAGUGAAUCCGCUCAUGUUGAAUUAUGCAUUUCCACAUCCAAUGACACAAUCAUUCGAGCAGUGCUGAUCUUUGCUGAAGGAAUAUUUGAAGGUGAGAGUCAUGUGAUCCACCCUAGUCUUCAGAACCUCUCGAGCCGCAUUAAAAUUCCCCUCACCCCUCCCAAAGAUGUUCCAGUGGAGCUGAACAUCAAGGCCUUUGUCGGCUACAAGAAUAGCAUGCAAUUCCAUGUCUUUGAGCUGUCAAGGCAACUCCCUCGCUUCUCAAUGUAUAUUCUGAGUAGUCCAGACUCUGCUCCUGGUCCUUUAAGCUUUGUACGAUUCACAAUCAGUGAGAGGGUGCAAACAGUCAUCAUGUGGCUGAAACAAAAUUUCCUGUUACCAGAGGACAUGGUGAUCCACAAUGAGUCCUUUGAAGUUUGCUUUACCUCCCUGCGUGAUGCGGGGCAGCUGUGCAUCAAAAUGAAGCCAAGUGGGGAGAUCUCCAUUAACACCGACAACAUUGACUUGGCUGGUGACAUUAUUCAGUCGAUGGCCUCCUUUUGGGCAAUUGAAGAUUUGCAGGUUGAAGCAGAUUUCCCAGCAUAUUUUGAAGAGAUGAGAAAGGCCCUAGUUGUUGUGGAUAAUUCUCACACAUUCUCUCAGAAGCUCACAGCUGACAUGGCAGAGCACUCCAAUCUCAUUCGCAGCAUGUUGGUUCGAGCAGAAGAUUCACGCCUCAUGGGAGACAUGAGAAAUAUGAAGAAGCGAUACAAAGACCUGUAUUAUCUCAACAGGGAUUUGCAGUCCCAAUACAGUAUUCGCUGCAGCAAUCAUGCAGAACUUCUAAAUAACCUCAAGGCAGUAAACCAGGCUAUCCAAAGAGCAGGACGCUUGCGCGUUGGUAGGCCCAAGACACAGGUGAUUGCUGCAUGCCGUGAGGCUAUUAAGCAUAACGACGUUAAUGCACUCAUCAAGAUAAUGCGUGUGGGAGUCACUUCCUCUUUAUUAAAGAAAAGACUGACAGAGACUGCGGUGGGAUGAUCGUUUUAAAAGGCAGUCAGCUCAGUGAGAUGGGCAAAGUGGUGUAGCAGCUGACGUACCA